GAGGCGCCGGGCCAGGCCGGAGCCGGACUACGGGAGCCGACGCGGGCCGCGCGGUGGGCGCGGAGCAGCGCGGCAGGCCGGACGGGCCGCGGCAGCAGCGGAGGAGGCCGCGUCGGUCGGUCCGAGUGGCGGAGGCGGCGCGGGCGGCGGCGGGGGGCCGGGUGGCCGGGGUCCCGGGCCCCGCAGCGGCGGCGGCGGCGGCAGCAGGAUGAUCAAGCUGUUCUCGCUGAAGCAGCAGAAGAAGGAGGAGGAGUCGGCGGGCGGCACCAAGGGCAGCAGCAAGAAGGCGUCGGCGGCGCAGCUGCGGAUCCAAAAGGACAUAAACGAGCUGAACCUGCCCAAGACCUGUGAUAUCAGCUUCUCAGAUCCGGACGACCUCCUCAACUUCAAGCUGGUUAUCUGUCCUGAUGAGGGCUUCUACAAGAGCGGGAAGUUUGUGUUCAGUUUUAAGGUGGGCCAGGGUUACCCGCAUGACCCCCCCAAGGUGAAGUGUGAGACGAUGGUCUAUCAUCCCAACAUUGACCUCGAGGGCAACGUCUGCCUCAACAUCCUCAGAGAGGAUUGGAAACCAGUCCUUACGAUAAACUCCAUAAUUUAUGGCCUGCAGUAUCUCUUCUUGGAGCCCAACCCUGAAGACCCACUGAACAAGGAAGCUGCUGAGGUCCUGCAGAACAACCGGCGUCUGUUUGAGCAGAACGUGCAGCGUUCCAUGCGGGGUGGCUACAUCGGCUCCACCUAUUUUGAGCGCUGCCUGAAAUAGGGUCAUCAAGCACCCACCCCUGCCAGGGCCACCAGCCCCGGCGUCCCCUGCAAAUAUUUAUUGGGGGCCACAGGUGGGGGGAUUGGGACAGCAGGUAGGGUAAUCCCAUGCCCUGCCUUUGCCUCCCCUUCCUGCCACCGGCUCCUAGUUAUUUUUUUUUUAACCACCAUGUGAUUAAGGUCGGCACGCAGCCUCCUCCCGACCCGCUCAGCGAUGGGAAAUGAAUUGGCUUGCCCCGCUGGGUGCCAUCCAGCCUCCCACUCUGGGCUCUGGGGUGGGUGGCCAAGGGGACUGGGUGGCUGGGGCUCUGCCACCCCAUUCCUCCACCACUGGAGGUCCCACCAGGCUAUUAAAGGGUAAUGUUACUGCA